UGAACAAAUCAUGUUUUGCAUUAGCCAAUAGCGUGUUUCUGUCAUUUGAGGCGGGACUUCCUUGUUGUUUGUUAUGAAAGUACUAGAACUAGCUAUGAUAUCUGCGUCAAAGUCAAAAGUGAUAAGCCUUCUAAGAGCUUCUGCUCUCCUGAAUCACAUCACCGCGAGACAGCGCGUUCCUCGGACCCUGCAGAGCCCUCAGCUCCUUUCCAGCAGUGAAAUGGUUGCGUUUAGCAGCACCUCAAGUCAGCUGAAGCCAGAAGAUUCAGGUCCUUCUGAAGACAAGGUCAACCUCACUGAGUCAUGCGUCAAGAGGCUUGGUGAGAUCAUGGGGAAAGGCGAGUACCUGAGAAUUCAUGUAGAAGGAGGAGGCUGCUCUGGUUUCCAGUACAAAUUCUCAGUUGAUAGUAAAAGGAAUGAGGAUGACCGAGUGUUUGAGGAGGGCGGCGUGGGCAUCGUUGUGGACCAGGAUAGUCUGGAGUUUGUGAAAGGAGCCACGGUGGAUUUCAGCCAAGAACUCAUCCGCGCCACCUUUUUAGUACUCAAAAAUCCUCGAGCUGAUCAUGGCUGCUCCUGCGGCAGCUCCUUCUCGGUUAAACUUUAACAUUUAUCGGCUGCAUCACCUUGGCAAUACUCCCUGCACUACUGGGGUACCAGCUUCUUACACACAAAGUAUAUUCAUUUCAACGGACAACCAUCGCAAGGCUUUUACUUUGUAAUCUGUGACAAUUAUUUAAUUAUUGGCAGUAUUGUCAAUAACCAUAUUUAGCUUGUAACAGAUUCCUAUAUGGUAAAGUAUCAGCUGAAAUGUGUUUUAAGUUUUUAAUUCAUGCAUGUACGAUAUGUAAAUAGCCAAACAAAUCCUAUUUAUGCGGUUGAAAAUAAAAAAGUUAAGAAUUAUUUUCAAUGUAAUUUUUUGUUGAUAGGCAUGAUUAUUGUUGAUUAAUCAUGCCUUGAAGUAAAUGAAACAUGACAUCUGAUACAAGUACACGGACCUACAUUAUUCUGCUCAAUGCAACUCUAGCAUAACGUAGCUUAAAUUCCGCAUUGAGUUUUAAGAUUUUAGUCCUGACAUUCUGUGCGUUGCAUGGUGGGGCCCCUCAGUACAUCACUGAUUUGCUAUGCCCCUACUCCUCAGGGCGCAUCCUGCAGUCUUCAGGCCAGGGUCUUCUAAAGAUGUUGUUUUAAAACCUGUGGAGACCUGGCAGUCCAGGCUAUAGCUCCCAGACUCUGGAACAAUUUGCACCAGUCCCUCCGUGAUCUUGACUUGUGUUGAAACUUUUAAGAAACAUUUGAAAACUUCUCUUUUUAGUAAAGCUUUUAGUUAAUGCACCUUUUUACUAUAAUUUUUAAUCCACUUUGUAUCCUUUUUAUGAUGUUGCCCCUGUUGUUUUAAUUGAAUUGGUUUUUUUACUUCACCUAUGUUUUGUACAGCGCUUUGUGAUUUUAUCUGUGAAAAGCGCUGUAUAAAUAACAUAUACAUACUUACUUACUUACAUAAAAACAGGAGUCCAGAACUUUGC